AUGAUAUUAUUUGGAAGAAGACAAAUUAUAGAGAGGAAUUAUAAUAUAAAGAAAAAUAAUUUCAAUGGUUGUUUUUUUUUGAGUUAUUGUAAAUAUAACACAAAGGAUGGAGGAAAAGUUAAUAAUAAAUCCACAGAAUUUAAUAAGGAAAAGUUUGAAAACAAAUGGAAAAAAAUAAUUAAAAAGGAUUAUGUAAAUAGAAUAACAAAUAUUUUUGAGAACAAUAAUACAAAUGAAAUAAAAAAAAAUAGUUUCUAUUUUAUUCUAGGACCGAAAGGGGUUGGGAAAAAAUUUUUUAUCGAAAAAUCGAAGGAAAUAUUUUUAAAUCGUGAAAUUCAAGAUAAUGAAGAAAAAAAAUCAAUUAAUAUAAAAAGAAAAAAAUAUAAUGAAGAAAAUAUGGGAUAUCGCACUGAAGUAUAUAUGAGAAAAAUAAAUGUAGACGGAAUGAACAAGGUAAGGAAACAAAAUAUAUUUUUUGAAUAUGAUUUUAAAUCGAAAUGUGAAAAUAAUGUGAUGCCAUUUUCGAUCGUAAUUUACAACUUGGAAAAUUAUUUAAGACAUGAAUUAUUAAAAGAAAUGAAUAAUGAUAUAAAAAAUAAAAAUAUAAAAUUGGAAGAUAUAUAUAAAGAAAUUAUGAAUACAAAUAAUAAUGAUAUAAUAAGCUUAACAAAAAUUAAGGACUUUUUUAAAGAUGUUUUAAAUAAUAAAAAUAAAAAAAAUGGAGCAAAUAUGUAUGACUAUUUGAGUGAUAUUGAUAAAACUACAAUAGAGAAUUAUAUAAUGUUAAUAGAAACUAAUAAAUUUAGUUAUGAUAAUUUGGAGUCCUUUUUGAAUAUACUACUAAAAAGAUUAAACCCAAAUGUAUUUUGUUCUUUUUUAAACGAAUUUAGUUCCUUUUUAUAUUUUCUUAAGCUUAUUGCACAAUAUGAAGAACAAUUAUAUUAUUCAAGAAAUUCCCAAAAUAUUAUCACACAUUAUUCAAAUAGCGGAUUAUAUAUUUAUAAAUAUUUUUUCCUAUUAAUUAAGUUAUUAAAAAAUAAAUAUGGUUAUAAUUUUUUUUUUAUUUUUUAUAAUUUUAAUUUGUUAUUCAUUGGCCCACAACCUUCUCAAAAUUUUCAAUUCUUUUAUAAUUUUAUGGACGAAAAUUUAAGAAAAUAUAACAUCCCAGUUAUUGCUCAUUCUAUAAAAAACUUGGAAAUGAUGAAGACAAUUUUUUUAUACAACAAUUAUGUUAAUAAUUUAUUUUAUAAAUCACCUCUAAAUUAUGGUAAGAAUAAAAAUGUUCCUAACUCAACAAAUAUGAAAGAGAUAAAUUAUUCAAAAAUGAAUUAUACCAUACCCCCUGAUAAAAUAGCUAAUUCUAGUAAUAACACAGAAUAUUACAAUGAUGAAUUGAAAGAAAUACAGAAAAUGAUUUCUUUGAACGAAUCAGAAAACUAUGAAAUGAUUAAAAAUAAUAUAAUAGAAAUAGAGAAUAUGUCCUAUGAUAUUAUUAAAUUUAUUUUGAUGCCAAAUUUUGUAAAUAAAGAAGAAAUAUGUAAAUGUCUUUAUGAAAUAAUUGGGGGUAAUAUAGAAUUAAUAAAAAUAGUAUGUAAAGGAUUAUAUGAUUUAAAUAGCGAAUUUAACGAAAAAAAAAUAUGGGAAGAAAUUGAAAAAGAAAAAAAAGAAAACAUUACUUAUGAUAUGGAUGAAGAACCAGAUAUAAGUCUAGACAAUACAACUGAAGAAAUUAUCGCUUAUAAAAAAAUAGAAAAACAAUAUAAUUUUUUAAAAAAUAUUCAUCAAAAUGUUUUGCAUACUUUUAUUUUAGAUUUUGAAAAAAAAAUCAUAAACUUUUUUUCUUUACCUCACAUCGAGAGAAUGAAAGAAAAUAAUAAUUCCUAUAAUGUAGAUGAAAAUAACAAUAUUAGUAAAAGUACAAGGAAAUCUAAAGAAGACGAUUUUGAAAAAAGGGGACUAAAUUAUGUUGAAUUUCAUUUUACAAUUUUUGAAGUAAUAAGAUAUUUUAUAAAAAAAAAAAAAGUAUUUUGCAAAAAUAUUUUAAAAUUAAAUAAUCCAGUCCUAUUAGGGUUAAUAGAUGUCAAUAUAAUUCAUUACAAUUACUCAAACAAAUGCCUUGAGCUUACUAAUAAGUUUUAUGAAGCUUUAUUAUUAAAUUACAUAAAUUUUAGAUAUAAUCAAUUCCCUUUAAAAUUUAAAGCACAAUAUAAUAUCAAUUAUGUUUUAAAUUAUAAUACUAUAAAACAUGAAUAUAAUUUAUUGGAGACACAAAUAUAA